AUGCGAUUGCAUUUCGCCGUGAAGACUUCUUCAGAGCUGUCCGACGUUGAAUCCGAGCGAAUAUGGAACAUUUUCGAGUCCAAUAUGCACCUGUUCUACACGACAUCUUCAUUUGGCUGGGAUCCUCGUUCAAAGAAAGAAGAGAUGUUUCACCCACACGCUCGGCUCGUCUUAUGUGAGCGACGCGAUGAUACGCCCUCAGGUAGUGAAUCAAUUCCGUCAGAAUCUCGGAUAGUCGCAUAUACUAUCUUCCGCUUUGAACGUGAAGCCAAACAAGAUGUGGUGUAUUGUUAUGAACUCCAAGUGACCGAAGAAUCUCGAGGACUCGGGGUUGGAAAGCUCUUGAUGGGCUCUCUGUUCGACAUUGGCUCACGAUGGAGGAUGAAGAAUGUCAUGUUGACCGUCUUUAAAGCCAAUGAUGCUGCGUCUGCUUUCUAUAAAUCUUUGGGCUUUGAUCUCGAUCCUAGUUCACCUGGAUAUGUGGAGGGUGACUGGCAAGAUGAGGAACUAGACUGCGACUACGUCAUUUUGUCCAAAUCUAUACCGUGA